AAAUUGCCAUAAUCUUUCUUAGUUUUCGUUCUUUUCCGAUGUGGAUUUCGUUAUCAUUGAUGUUCUUGACUAGUCGGAGUUUUAAAAUUUUAUUGUAUUUAUAAACAUUGUAUUGAUAUCUGAAAGUGGUUUAAUUUGGGUUGAAAUGUUUUCUAUUUAAUUACUAUAUUAUUUAGUUGUCACUUUAUGAUAUUAUUAAAUUAUGGUGAUGUAAGUUUGUUUUUUGUUACGUCUCAAAGUCUGAAGAUACGAAUCAAUUAAAAUUAGAAGAAUGGACACAAAGUUAUAAUUCUGCACAUGCCACUUAUCAGUUGGAAUUACUUCUUUCACAUAAUAGCGUAACUUCGGACUGUGGGUGAUCAUCAAACAGUUGGUCACCCCAGCUACUGCCGGCUGCAGCAAGGUUUCUGAUGACCUGGGCUGCGCACUCGCACGCUACGCUGCCACCUUCACUACACUAUGCUUGACAGAAUAAGCGACCCUAGCGAGCUAUCGCCUUGUUUGGGAGAAGGCGACGGUGUGUCUGACAAAAUGCUGAACACAAAGAGACGGAUACUCUUGGACGUGUUGAUGGUGUGCUGGGGACUGAGCCCGUGGCUCGGCAUCAACGGCUUCUUCGUGCAAUUGCCGCUGCUGGUGGAACAACUGCCGGAACAGUGGGCGUUACCGUCUGCUAUGACGGUGGCCGUGCAGACUGCCAAUGUUGGCCUGCUGCUGUAUGCCGCGCUUCAUCGCCUGUUUCCUAAACUUUCCGACUCCUUGUGUAUCCUGGCGUUGCUGUUCACAGCUGCACUUUCAAUUUUCGUCAAUGCGUUCGCCUACAACCAUACGAUAGUGAUCGGCGGCUCCGAACGUUCGGCAGCAUUUCUUACAAUGACAUUUUUCUCCGGACUAGUGGGAUGUACAAGUUCAGUGCUCUUUUAUCCAUACUUAAGACAUUAUAGAGAUAUUUACUUGACUACGUACUUAGUGGGUGAAGGCUUGAGCGGCUUCAUCCCAAGCGUGCUUUCGCUCGUUCAGGGCGUGGGAGGCGAGCCGGUGUGCAUACCAUCAGCGGAUAAUACCACAAUGAUAGCGCACCAUCCGGCCCCAUUUUUUGGGCCCACCACUUACAUGUUGGUACUUGGAGGUUUAGCGAUCACUAGCGUGCUGAGUUUCCUGCUCAUCGACAGUAAACGUCUGUUCGCGUCCGAACGCGUGUCAACAUUGGCGCGCAGCAAGAAUGAUGAAGCCGUGCGGCCACUUUCGUUGAUGGCGCCUCGCUGGGUUGCGCUGCUGACCCUAGCAACGUGUCUCAACGCGGUGGCUAUCGGUGUGCUGCCAUCCAUCCAGUCGUACUCGUGCAGGCCUUACGGCGUGCGCGCGUACCAUUUGUCGACGGCGCUGAGCACGAUGGCUAAUCCGCUGGCGUGCUUGGCGGGCGUGUGGUUGGCGCCAGCGCAGCCCCGGGUGUUGGCCGCGGGACUAGCCUUUACCGCAUUGCCUUUCUUCUACAUUCUCGCUACAGCGUUACUUAGUCCAGCGCCUCCACUUCUGAACAACUCCAGUGGGGAAGUUUUAGUGGUCCUGUGUUGGGUGAUGGUGACUGCACUUUUUUCGUACGCCCGCAUGUGGACCCUGGAGCGCGGGCGGCGUGGAGGGGCGCGCGGCAUGCGGGCCUGCGGAGUGGCCUCUCAGGUCGGCUCCGCGGGCGGGUCCCUCACCAUGUUCCUGCUCAUCAGCUACACAAACCUCUUCAGACAGGCCCCAGUCUGCCCUCGGCCGUUGGCCUUGUAAACUGCGAUACUAGAUUAGUUGUUAGAAAUCAAAAUAUAUUUAUUGUUGAUUUCA